CUAGAGGGUGGUGGAAGGGCGCUUGGGCGCAUGAUAUUCUAGUGAGCCCUUCACCCGUUCGCCAUCUUCUGCUCGCCACAAACACAACUUGAUAGACGCGUGUUGUGUGUACAUCUUACGUAUGAUACGUCCACACCAUAGGCGAGGACUUGAUCGCGAGCUGAGCUUAUCUCCAGCGAGCAGGACAGUAUCAAGUUGAUACUCUCCUGCUAUGAGCGCUGUGCUUGAACGGUGGAUGCAGCCCGGCCCCGUUCAUUUUGUGAAUGGAUUUGCCAUGAAACCACGUCAUGAAAGUUGCGCUGAGUACCAUGCACAGUGCAUGCAUGUCCCCACCCCCGCUUGCAACAGCGUUGGGCUCUCGCCCGACAGCCUAAAGCAGAAGGAGUACGUGUUCCAUCGAAACUUACGAGAGUCAGCGGUGGUCAGAUCGCAGGCCAAAACGCGUUGGCACUACGAUCAAACCACACGAGAUCUGGAUUUCGUGCCAAAUCCUUGUUGAAUCGACAGAAGGAAGCGCGUUCACCGAAGCUUCACCUCCACCGAGGCGAGCCUUGCAAUCGACCACGACGACUGGACCGAGACGCGCGUGGCUAGCGAGAACAAUGCGAGAUUCAAUCCCUCCCGGGGUCAAUUUUCGCGUCGAGGAACAAUUGCUCUCUGCACCGCCAAAACCCAACGGAAGCUCGGGCCUGUCCUGACAGUGGUUGGAUCAUAGUCGCACUUCAAUUCGGCCCCACCUCGCUAACGACGAACGCCUGGCCUGACCCGCACCACCUUUUCCUGCUUGGAAGAGUACCAUGUGCUCUCGAUGUCAAAACAUUGCCUUCGGGCGAGCAGCACUGGUCACAGCUCACUCUGCUCAAUAAUUGCUGCCGUUACGCUGGACUUGUGAUCAUGCGCACGAGUGAAAGGCUCAAAUGCGCGCCGGUUGUGCAAUGCUCAAGAGGGCGCCCUUUCAAAGUUUACCAUUGCUGCGGCGCAGUAAACUUUGCAUCUUGAUCCCCGACGACCGUGAGCUCGGUGAUCCACAGACGCCCGCACGGGUUGAAGACACCAAGACGCAGAGGAGCCGGCACAUCCGUCGCUGCUUCUCCGAGUUCUGCGAGCUGCGCGAGAAGCUCCUCGCACUCAUCGACGACGAGAUGGCCACGUACCUCACCAGCCCGGACAUGGACAACAUCGAGAGCAGCUUCAACACCAGGUCCAACGUCAGCUUGAGUGCCAGCGCUAGCUCCAGUGUCAGCACUUGUACCAGUAUCCCUAGCUGCGCCGGGACGUCGGCUGCUGCUUCGCUGACUCCGGGAUUCCACCACUACCCGUUGGUACCAACUCCAGCCUUCGCGAUGACGGUGACGGACCACAAGUAUCAGUCCUGCACCAGCAGAUAUCACCUCAGCUCCAGCAGCGAGGAGGACGCAGGCGGCAGUGACGACGAGACUCAGCGCUUCAACAACUUCGACUUCACGCGGCGAUUCUACCGCGAGUUCGGCCGCCAGGAAGAGCGCGCGGAGAUUUACGCGGACGACUCGGACGACGACGAGGAGAUGCAGAUGCUCAAGAAGACAUGGAGCGCUAUGCUCGAAAGCGAAACACACGAGCGCAAACUGUACCACAGCGGCAGUCACUUCGCCAUGCUGGAAAGCGCACGGCACUCACCGACUGAGACGUGGGCGAGACGCAUCGAGAUCGCAGGCAUCCACAACGCAGUCAAAUCUAAUGCAACCUUGAGCGCCACCUGCCCAGUUAGCACACAGAAGGCGCCCGAGCCAGCGACUCACAGAGCAGAGCAGCUCCUAAGUCGCCACCGAUCACACCAGCAACUUCCAGUCCAGCACUUCCCGACCUGCGCUUGAGUCGCGUCUGCAAGAAAAUACUCGUAAGCUAGUCAGUGAAUUAGGAAGUGAGUUUGUGUGAAUUACCACGCACAGCGCCACGGUUGGGAACGGCUGGAGUUCCAGGCCAUCGAAGGAAGUGGCCGCCAUCGUUCCCCAGCUUGGCGAAACUAUGAAGUAGGAGAGAAGUAAUCUAACAGGCCAUAGUACCAUUAAGUUGUCGACAUGCCCACACUCGCCGACUUUACAGUCGAUUCCAAAGCCUCCUCCUCCAGGAUCACCUUGUGUGCAAUCUGCACGAUGCGCUCGAAUGCCAGGUCAGAGUACCGUCGCCAGCAGACGUGGUCGCGCCACUGCCGAGUUGGAAGCUGCGGCGUCGUCAAUCCGUGAAAUACCUUGGCCACAGCGUAACUCGUCCAUUUGAUACCUUCAUCGUUGCUCGUGCUCUCUUCAGUAUCACUGCCCUCAAGCGGACCUCCACCGCCAAGACGGAGUUGAAUGAGUGAGCGUGUACCUCGCUCGAUAGCCUCGAUCAGAGACUCGGUCAGCGGCCGCAGCAUUUUCUGCAGCAAACGCUCAUCCUCGUCACCUUCGACGUCGUCUCCACCGGCUGCAGCAUCAUCCUUAUCGUCGUCGUCUUCGAAGUAACGUACCGGUUUGGUCUCGAGAGCAUGGGCCUUAUCAUCCAGAUCUUCUUCGUCUUCUUCAUCUUCGCCAUCACGCGCGGUUGACGUCGGAGAAGGCGCCGGUAGAGCUGCCGCGUACAGCGCUCCAUACAAAUGAGCGAGACGAGCAAGCUGGCGCGACUCGAGAUGCCCGUGCUUCGCAUACAACAGCUUCGUCCAUCGGUCCACGACUUCACUCUUCAUCUCGUCGGUCAGUUCAGCCCUCCAGCUCAACUGCAGCUGGAAUGCGGGCUGUGACAGCGAAAAGCGCUGGAUCUGACCAGUCUGUUGAGCCGCUCGCAAUUCUUGUAGCAGCCGACGCUCAUUCGUGGCGGCAGCGACCGCAGCAGCAUUGGUU